AUGAGGCUGAGAAUGCGGAAGGCAUCUCAGCAGUCGAGCCCUGCCCAUGCGCCCCGCCCAUCCCGGACCAAGCGGAGGCAUUCAGAAGUUGAGGAGUGCACCCCGACAGGUGGAGGGAGAGGCCUGCUGUCCACCAUUAAGAAAUUAAUCAGAGGAAAUGCUGUCAAGGUGAGCCGUCUCUCCGUUAUCUGUCUCUGAAAUGGCACUCUGUUCCCUAUGUAGUGCACUACUUUUGACCAGAGCCCUAUGAGUCCUGGUCAAAAGUAGGACACUAUAUAGUGAAUAGGGUGCCAUCUCUGGGAUGGAUUUGAGUGUCUGCGCCUAACUGGCACUCUGAGUAACAUUCCCCCCUCCAACAUUCCACAGCUGUUUGAUCACUAAAGUUACAUGCAGUCCUUAGUUAAACAUUUUAGCAACAUGUUAUGUAAGCUGCUCCUUUUUGCACCCCUCCCUAGACCUUUAUUUAGCACCUGUCCAGAUUUAAGAAGUAAAGUCUGUUUCAGUACCCAGUGUUAUGUUUCCCUAGAAAUGCAUGGUGGAAUGCAGCGGCUUGUCUGAGAACUCCAGCAGUGUUCUAAUUUUAGCGGUGGCUCUAGAGAUUGUAGAAGGAUAGUAGGUAGUGGGGCUGCACGAUUAGGAAAAAAUAAUUUAAUUUCAAUAUUUUUGGGCUAGAUAUUGCAGUUGCGAUUUUCCAACACAUGGGUGAAAACUUGGUAAUUCCAUCAGACCUGUUUAAAACAUGUGUCCGGGUAGAGAACACCAUUUCUAAAAUGAGAUCAUUAGUUAAUACAUACUGUGCUAACUGAAUACAAAACCAAAUUAAACAAAUAUUUUCCAACAUUGUUAUACAUAUGAUAAUAGAUAGGAUUACUACACUUACAUAUGAACAAACAUAAUUUAACAUCAAAAUAUAGCAGGGUUCCCCAACUGGCGGGCCAGAUUUGGCUUGCAGGUGGUUUCAUUUGGCCCCCCAAGUUUUCUGAGCAAAAAUAAAGUGUACAUUUGUGUUGUUGGACAUAAGACUGUAAAAACACCAGGAAAUCAGCUCCAAUUGAUUUUAAUUUAGGAAAUCUUUUCCCAAGUAUUCCCAUGUAUAAUAGAGAGACGUGAUCGUAAACAAUGUUUGAAAUUAUUAUGUUUUAGUGAAAUUGUUAUCUUUUUUGAGCUUCUUGCGGUCAAUAUGCAGUCUACAAAUUAUUUGUAAUUUAUGUUCUGGCCCCCUGACCAUCCACUCAAGAAAGAAUCAUCCCACGGCUGAAUCUAGUUGAUGAUCCUUGAAAUAUAUAGUGUGCUAAAGCGUAGCAUGUUAUUCAUUAAUCAAUUAAUAACAUGAGUUCCUGUUUUACCAUUGAGUUCUUAGUUAAUUAUUUAAAGUUAAGUUCAUUAUUUAUUCAGCCAGCCCAUAGGCUGCAGAUGGAAUAGGAGGCUUAUGAUUGUACUUAUGUAUAAGUAGGCUGAAUCAUUAUUAUAAUUGAAAUUAUAAGUCAAAGUUCCUUUAAAAACAUGUAACCUACCAAUUUGCAAAGUGCAGCCUGUGUCCAAAACAUUGGAGUCUGGUCCAGUCAUUCAACGCGAUGGCCUUCACCAUGUUUGCACCGUUAUCGUUAUACACACUUAAUGCUCCUCGUUCAGGGCCCAGGCGGCUAAAGCUUCUCUUAGCCCCAGAGCCAUGUUUUCGCUUGUGAUCUCUGGGGAAGUAGCCUAUGGUGUUUGCAAGCAUGGACCUUCCAGUUGAAACUCUUCAUCAAUAAAAUGUAGCCUACUGUCAAACUAAUGUAGGGCUCGGUUGUUAUAUUAGUGAUAUGGGGGGGGAUCGAUAAUUGCAUAUCGGGCUAUUGUUUGUAACGAUAUAUCGUAUUGUUUUGACUAUCACAUUAUUAUUUUUGCUCUAGUUGACUGUACCUGCACCAAAACUCCAGUAUUUUCCCUUCAUAGCUUGUUCGCCAUCUGUUUUAAUAGGGAGCCAGUUUUGUUUUCUGCACUUUUAUUUCCAUGACUGCUCAACUCGUUUUCUCAUGGCUCUCUUAUCCCUCUGCAGCAGACAUACAGUACCAGUCAAAAGUUUGGACACAGCUACUCAUUCAAGGGUUUUUCUUGAUUUUUACUAUUUUCUACAUUGUAGAAUAAUAGUGAAGACAUCAACUAUGAAAUAACACAUAUGGAAUCAUGUAGUAACCAAAAAAGUGUUAAACAAAUCAAAAUAUAUUUUAUAUUUGAGAUUCUUCAAAUAACCACCCUUUGCCUUGAUGACAGCUUUGCACACUCUUGGCAUUCUCUCAACCAGCUUCACCUGGAAUGCUUUUCCAACAGUCUUGAAGGAGUUCCCACAUAUGCUGAGCACUUGUUGGCUGCUUUUCCUUCACUCUGCUGUCCGACUCAUCCCAAAACAUCUCAAUUAGGUUGAGGUUGGGUGAUUGUGGAGGCCAGGUCAUCUGAUGCAGCACUCCAUCACUCUCAUUGGUCAAAUAGCCCUUACACAGCCUGGAGGUGUGUUGGGUCAUUGUCCUGUUGAAAAACAAAUGAUUGUCUCACUAAGCCCAAACCAGAUGGGGUGGCUUAUCGCUGCAGAAUGCUGUGGUAGCCAUGCUGGUUAAUUGUGCCUUGAAUUCUAAAUAAAUCACUGAGUGUCACCAGAAAAGCACCCCCACAGCAUAACACCACCUCCUCCGUGCUUUACGGUGGGAACUACACAUGCGGAGAUCAUCCGUUCACCCACACUGCGUCUCACAAAGACACGGCGGUUGGAACCAAAAAUCUCAAAUUUGGACUCCAGGCCAAAGGACAAAUUUCCACCGGUCUAAUGGCCAUUGCUCGUGUUUCUUGGCACAAGCAGGUCUCUUCUUCUUAUUGGUGUUCUUUAGUAGUGGUUUCUUUGCAGAAAUUCGACCUUGAAUGCCUAAUUCACACAGUCCCCUCUGAACAGUUAAUGUUGAGAUGUGUCUGUGACUUGAACUCUGUGAAGCAUUUAUUUGGGCUGCAAUUUCUGAGGAUGGUAACUCUAAUGAACUUAUCCUCUGCAGCAGAGGUAACUCUGGGUCUUCCAUUCCUGUGGCGGUCCUCAUGAGAGCCAGUUUCAUCAUAGCGCUUGAUGGUUUUUGCGACUGCACUUGAAGAAACUUUCAAAGUUCUUAAUUUUCCGUAUUGACUGUCCUUCAUGUCUUAAAGCAGGACUCCCCAACCCUGUUCCUGGAGAGCUACCGUCCUGUAGUUUUUUGCUCCAACCCUAAUCUAGUGCACCUGAUUCUAAUAAUUAGCAGGUUGAUAAGAUUAAUCGUGUUAGUAACACCUGGGGUUGGAGCGAAAACCUACAGGAGGAUAACUCUCCAGGAACAGGGUUGGGCAACCCUGUCUUAAAGUAAUGGACUGUCGUUUCUCUUUGCUUAUUUGAGCUGUUCUUGCCAUAAAAUGGACUUGGUAUUUUACCAAAUAGGGCUAUCUUCUGUAUACCACCCCUACCUUGUCACAACACAACUGAUUGGCUCAAACGCAUUAAGAAGGAAAGAAAUUCCACAAAUUAACAUUUAAGAAGGCACACCUGUUAAUUGAAAUGCAUUCCAGGUGACUACCUCAUGAAGCUGGUUGAGAGAAAGCCAAGUGUGCAAAGCUGUCAUCAAGGCAAAGGGUAGCUAUUUGAAGGAUCUCAAAUAUAAAAUAUAUUUUGAUUUGUUUAACACUUUUUGGGUUACUACAUGAAUCCAUAUGUGUUAUUUCAUAGUUUUGAUGUCAUAGUUUUGAUGUCUUCACUAUUAUUCUACAAUCAAGAAAAGCCCUUGAAUGAGUAGGUGUGUCAACUUUUGACUGGUAGUGUAGGUGAGCAAUAUGUUUGGAACAUUGAAUCACAAUAAAAUCAGUGUCAAAUCACAAUACAUAUAGAAUCGCAAUACAUAUCGUAUCGGCACCUAAGUUUUGUGAUAUCGUAUCGUGAGGUCCCUGGCAAUUCCCAUCUCUACGUUAGGCCUAUCUUUUGGUCUAGUAUAUGUUGUAGUCGCGUAAUAAUCAACUUGUUAUACAGCGUUGGGAUGGUGACUUGAGAGAUGGACUCUUGCAUCCUGUCCAGCUUGUUUAUCCUCUUUAAGCUUUGCUGACUGUAAAUGUGAACCAUGUCUUUGGCUAUGUGAUAGAUGGGUGAUAGCCUCUAUGAUUUAUAUGUCUGCGCAAUGUUUUUUUGAAGGGCGUUACACUUGUCAAUGCCUGUUUAAAGUAGGUGGCUAGCUGUGGCUGAGGGACUUUGCUGCUGUCGGGCACUUUUUUCACCAUUGAAGUAGGGGAUGGUGGUUCUUCAAAUGAUUGAAUGCAUUUGUUGUGUUGCCUCUUGUUGUCGCCACAACUCUGAGGCACUUUUUGCACAACACAUGCAUUUGGUUAACAUCGGUUUGCCUGUACCCGAAAUACUGCCAUACCACUGAAGAUGGGCCCUUUGCCACCAAAUCGCCGUUCUCGUUAGCACUAGCAGCACUCAAGUUUCCCACACACUGAUGUAAAUCCCUUUCUCUCCUCACCAGCAUCUAACUGCAUGCUCUAUGUGGGACGCUUAUGAUUAGCCAGCAUUAGCAUUCCAUGCAGAGUGUGAGAGACCGCUUGUUUGGUCAGCAUCCUCUUAUUGGAGAUGGUACCGUAGUCUAGUAUUUGUUGUUAAACAGAGUGUCAAAGAAAGGAGAGAAAAUCACAGCCUCUUGCGAAAUGGAUAUUGCGCGGCGAUAUUGCAAUUUUCUAUCUGAAUUUGAUUAAUCGUGCAGCCCUACUAGGUAGCUAGGGUUGGCUGAAACAAUAUUCCAGGAGAGAGAUGAUCCCCCUGGGAAGGCAUAUGGGUUCUUUCUCUUGGAACAUCGUCACUUGGCGUACUACAAGUCCUUUGUAUAUCCAACCAGAUAUGAGUAUGAGGCUAGUGGGUGGAUUCAAAAUUAAAUGUUGGGAAUACUGUAAGAGAUUUUGAAUGCGGUUUUGAUUUUGGCUUAUUCUACAGUUAAAUGCUCCUCACAUCAGUUCUGAAAUGUGAGUUGUGUUUCUACCUCAGGUAGAACAGAAGAAUCCAGCGAAGAAGACGCGACUCACCUGCGACAUAGACGACAACCUGAUCUCUUCCACACCACAAGGUGGCGAUACCCCCAGGAGGACAAUCUCCAGGGUCAGCAGGAGAAACUCAGUCAACGGAGGUGAGUUUGCAAAGAGCGUGGAGGAUUAAUUGAAAGACGGGAACAAAACCUUAUCCUGUUCAGUAAUCAUACCUUGCACACCAACAGGAGUUUACAUGCCUUGAUAAAGCGACUUAUCAUGUUGUCCUUACCUGCUCCUCACCCUAAACCACAGAAGCGACAAACCAUGACACGAACCAUGACACCAGUAGUAAGCCUGUGAAGCCCAAUGGGAAACUGGAGGAGGCGGCGGCAGAGACUUUGACCAGUCCGCCUAGAACCACUCUCCUGGGAACCAUCUUCUCUCCAGUCUUCAACUUCUUCUCACCAGCAAAUAAAAAUGGUAAUACUCCAAAAUGAUGCUAGGUAGAAGAGUGCCAAGUACUCUGCAGGAACUUGACUUAAAAUAUGUUAGAUUGGCCUACAUGUUUAUCUCUAACUUUCCCUUUGUCGCUCCUCUCUGCACUGGUAAAUGGCCUACUAUAUUACCUCGGUCUUCAUUCUACCUUGUAUGAUGCUUGUUUGUUAUGUUAUUGUAUUUUUUAUGUUGUGGUCGAAACUAAUUUCCGCGUGGAACUACGGUAAUAAGUAGUAUAAAUAUAAUAUAGUAAGCUAAUGUAAUUUUCAGCCACAUCAGGUUCGGACUCCCCAGACCAGGCGUUGGAGGCUGAGGAGAUCGUCAAGCAGCUGGACAUGGAGACGGUGGAGGAGACCCCCCCACCUCCACAGAGGAAGUGUGUACGACUAUGCCCCUUUACCCCAGCGACAUGCUGCCACCCCUGCGGCCCCCACACCCUCCAGAAGUGCCCGUCGAGGAAGAGGUCGUCACAGACACGCCUCCUCUCACAGGUAGCUGGAGAUAAAGAAAUGUCUUCUUGGUAUAGAGUGACCCGUAAGUACAAAUCUGCUCCCUCUAAGCAAAAUAUUCCAGCCUUAGUUGAGGCCAAAAUAUGAAUGUUUUAGAAUUAAUUUUGAUCUUGUGAAUUCAAAAAAUGAACAAAAUAUACUGAACCAAAAUAUAAACGCAAAAUGCAACAAUUUCAAAAAGUUACAGUUCAUAUAAGGAAAUAAAUUCAUUAGGCCCUAAUCUAUGGAUUUCACAUGACUGGGAAUACAGACAUGCGACUGUUGGUCACAGAUACCUUAAAAAAAAAAAAAAAAAAGAGUUAGGGGCGUGGAUCAGAAAACCAGUCAGUAUCUGGUGUGACCAAUAUUUGCCUCAUGCAGCGCGAUUUAUCUCCUUCGAAUAGAGUUGAUCAGGCUGUUGAUUGUGGCCUGUGGAAUGUUGUCCUACUCCUCUUCAAUGGCUGUGCGAAGUUGCUGGAUAUUGGCGGAAACUGGAACAUGCUGUCGAUCCAGAGCAUCCCAAACAUGCUCAAUGGGUGACAUGUCUGGUGAGUAUGCAGGCCAUGGAAGAACAGACAUGUUUUAGCUACCAGGAAUUGUGUACAGAUCCCUGCGACAUGGGGCUGUGAAUUAUCAUGCUGAAACAUGAGGUGAUUGCAGCGGAUUAAUGGCACGACAAUGGGCAUCAGGAUCUCGUCACGGUGUCUAUGUGGAUUCAAAUUGCCAUCGAUAAAAUGCAAUUGUGUUCAUUGUCCGUAGCUUGUGCCUACCCAUACCAUAACCCCACCGCCACCAUGGGGCAUUCUGUUCACUAUGUUGAUAUCAGCAAAGCGCUCACCCACACAACGCAAUACACGUGGUCUGCGGUUGUGAGGUCGGUUGGAUGUACUGCCAAAUUCUCUAAAACGUUGUAGGAGGCGGUUUAUGGUAGAGAAAUGAACAUGAGAUUAUCUGGCAACAGCUCUGGUGGACAUUCCUGCAGUCAGCAUGCCAAUUGCACGCCCCCUCAACUUGAGACAUCUGUGGCAUUGUGUUGUGACAACUGCACAUUUUAGAGUGGCCUUUUAUUGUCCUCAUGCUGUUUAAUCAGCUUCUUGAUAUGCCACGCCUGUCAGGUGGAUGGAUUAUCUUGGUAAAGGAGAAAUGCUCACUAACAGGGAUGUAAACAAAUUUGUGCACAACAUGAGAGAAUUAAGUUUUUUGUGCAUAUGGAACAUUUCUGGGAUCUUUUUAUUUCAGCUCAUGAAAGAUUGGACCAAAACUUUACAUGUUGUGUUUUAUAUUUUUGUUCAGAAAAACAUGUUCCAGUGUUUUUCAUUGAAAGUCCUGUAUUUAACUCUGAUUUGUUUGAUUUGGUUUUGUCCAGGUAUUUCUUCAUCAAGCAUGUACCUCCACUGACAGAGGAACAGCUGACCAGGAAGCCUGCUCUCCCACUAAAGACCCGCAGUACACCUGAGUUCUCCUUGGUCCUCGACCUGGUGAGUGAUGAUUACAUGGUGCUCAUCUUGAGACUAAAAGGCGCUGCAUGGUCAAUCCGAUGUCUGCAUUGGCCGUGCAGUUUUUACAAUGUUACAGCCACUGCAGAAGUCAGGGCAUUCAUACUUCCCGGAGCUGCUCAGUGCUGUUGAGCAUAGCUGUUGUAAAGGAAGUGAGUUUGUUUAUACAGGACCACCCGCCCCCACCUACCAUCAACCAAUCAUGUCAAUGCGACGCCAGACGGGGCCCUUCCUCAUUGUUACAACAUUUGGGAGGCACACGGCGAUGCGGUACAGAGCUCAAUUUGGCCUCUGCAUGCCUCCGGAGGCUCCGCAAUUGCGUCACACCCUGUGUAUGGAGCCUCCGACCACAUUUUUGGAUCAAGCAUAAAUUGGCUUUUACUUUAAAUGGUACAUCCACUUAAAGGGUAUUGAUAUGGUGGUUUGCAACUUACAACUAUUUUUGUGAUUCCUACCAGGAUGAGACAUUGGUGCACUGUAGCUUGAAUGAGCUGGACGAUGCAGCACUUACCUUCCCGGUCCUGUUUCAAGAUGUAAUUUACCAGGUAUACAGAAGUCUUUGAGAUUUGACAGAGGCAUUUCUAUUUUAAAUGGGACAUUAUUAAGCAUUUGUGACUUUUCCACCAGAGGGUGCUAAAGCGGUGCCUUUUAUAGACAGCCACAGGUGAACGUGGGAGAUGCAAAAUCAAAGUUUCUAGUAGAAACUUUGUACAAAUAACUGACACUUUGCUUGUCUGCAGGUGUAUGUGCGGUUAAGGCCGUUCUUCAGAGAGUUCCUGGAGCGCAUGUCUCAAAUCUAUGAGGUAAACUGGGCCUUCCUUUUCUCCUAUUUAAUUGUAACAGUUUAUGGAAAGAUUACUGUUACUUGCAUUGAGCUACUCUGAAGUGAGAAACGUAUUCAGUUGUCUUUUCCUCGUUAGAUCAUUCUCUUCACUGCCUCAAAGAAGGUUUAUGCAGACAAGUUGCUCAACAUCUUGGAUCCCAAGAAACAGUUGGUUAGGUAAGUUAAAUGUUUCUUUCUCAUGUUUCUUUCUACCCCUUCCUUAAUUUAGAUGCAUUGGAAGUCCAAAUAUGUUGUAUGUUGUUUUUGUAAUAUAAUACCCAGCCUUAGCUUUGACAUGCAUGUAUAGUGUUCUCUGUUUGCAUGAGAUUACAGUUGCUGUGUAUGUUGUUUGUGGAUUUUGAGGCUGGGCAUGUGCUGCGUCUAUGUGAUGUUCAGGUGUCAACAUAUAUAUAUAUAUAUAUAUAUAUAUAUAUAUAUAUAUAUAUAUAUUUUUUUAUAUCUAUCUUUUUAUUUAUAUCUUCUUAUUUUUUUACAUUGUGGUUUGACUGAAUUAUUGAUAAACAGACAUGUAGAUUUGGCAGUUUAUUUAUUUUCCUCCUCUCCACUAACCCUAGACACAGGUUAUUUCGUGAGCAUUGUGUCUGCGUACAAGGAAACUACAUCAAGGACCUGAACAUCCUUGGAAGAGACCUGUCCAAGACCGUCAUCAUUGACAAUUCACCACAAGCCUUUGCAUAUCAGGUGAGCCUUUCAGCCCCAAGUGACGUCUGUAACCCAACCUAGCACAGAGUAAUUAAGCCUACUGUUAACAUUUAAAUGAUAUUCGCAGAAUUUAUAUAUGCUAUUGUUGUACAAUCCAAUACAGAGUAUACCUUCCUAUAUCCCUACAGCUUUCCAAUGGGAUUCCCAUUGAGAGCUGGUUCAUGGACAAAAAUGACAACGAACUCCUGAGGCUGGUCCCGUUCUUGGAGAAGCUUGUUGAGCUGGUACGUUCAAGCUACAUUUUACAGUGAGGGGGAAAAAGUAUUUGAUCCCCUGCUGAUUUUGUACAUUUGCCCACUGACAAAGACAUGAUCAGUCUAUAAUUUUAAUGGUAGGUUUAUUUGAACAGUGAGAGACAGAAUAACAACAACAAAAUCCAGAAAAACAGAUGUCAAAAAUGUUAUAAAUUGAUUUGCAUUUCAAUGAGGGAAAUUAGUAUUUGACCCCCUCUCAAUCAAAUAUUUAUGGCUCCCAGGUGUCUUUUUAUACAGGUAACGAGCUGAGAUUAGGAGCACACUCUUAAAGGGAGUGCUCCUAAUCUAAGUUUGUUACCUGUAUAAAAGACACCUGUCCACAGAAGCAAUCAAUCAAUCAGAUUCCAAACUCUCCACCGUGGCCAAGACCAAAGAGCUCUCCAAGGAUGUCAGGGACAAGAUUGUGGACCUACACAAGGCUGGAAUGGGCUACAAGACCAUCGCCAAGCAGCUUGGUGAGAAGGUGACAACAGUUUAUUCGCAAAUGGAAGAAACACAAAAUAACUGUCAAUCUCCCUCUGCCUGGGACUCCAUGCAAGAUCUCACCUCGUGGAGUUGCAAUGAUCAUGAGAACGGUGAGGAAUCAGCCCAAAACUACACGGGAGGAUCUUGUCAUUGAUCUCAAGGCAGCUGGGACCAUAGUCACCAAGAAAACAAUUGGUAACACACUACGCCGUGAAGGACUGAAAUCCUGCAGCGCCCGCAAGGUCCCCCUGCUCAAGAAAGCACAUAUACAGGCCCGUCUGAAGUUUGCCAAUGAACAUCUGAAUGAUUCAGAGGAGAACUGGGUGAAAGUGUUGUGGUCAGAUGAGACCAAAAUGGAGCUAUUUGGCAUCAACCCAACUCGCCGUGUUUGGAGGAGGAGGAAUGCUGCCUAUGACCCCAAGAACACCAUCCCCACCGUCAAACAUGGAGGUGGAAACAUUAUGCUUUGGGGGUGUUUUUCUGCUAAGGGGACAGGACAACUUCACCGCAUCAAAGGGACGAUGGACGGGGCCAUAUACCGUCAAAUCUUGGGUGGGAAUCUCCUUCCCUCAGCCAGGGCAUUGAAAAUGGGUCGUGGAUGGGUAUUCCAGCAUGACAAUGACCCAAAACACACGGCCAAGGCAACAAAGGAGUGGCUCAAGAAGAAGCACAUUAAGGUCCUGGAGUGGCCUAGCCAGUCUCCAGACCUUAAUCCCAUAGAAAAUCUGUGGAGGGAGCUGAAGGUUUGAGUUGCCAAACAUCAGCCUCGAAACCUUAAUGACUUGGAGAAGAUCUGCAAAGAGGAGUGGGACAAAAUCCCUCCUGAGAUGUGUGCAAACCUGGUGGCCAACUACAAGAAACGUCUGACCUCUGUGAUUGCCAACAAGGGUUUUGCCACCAAGUACUAAGUCAUGUUUUGCAGAGGGGUCAAAUACUUAUUUCCCUCAUUAAAAUGCAAAUCAAUUUAUAACAUUUUUGACAUGCGUUUUUCUGGAAUUUUUUGUUGUUAUUCUGUUUCUCACUGUUCAAAUAAACCUACCAUUAAAAUGAUAGACUGAUCAUGUCUUUGUCAGUGGGCAAACGUACAAAAUCAGCAGUGGAUCAAAUACUUUUUUCCCUCACUGUACAUGUUUUACUCAUGAUUGGAUAGUAAUAUUCUGUUUUAUUUCUAAGCCAUACAUGCUUGAGCUGUCAUUGACGUGCUUUGCAAUGCCCCCAACAUUCAUUCAUUUUUUGUAGCCAACUACCUGUCUUUUACUAAAUGAAAUGGUCGCACCACUAACCGAGAGAAAUCAUCUCUUUAAAUCAUUGGUUUAGGUUCAUAUCCAUGUGGUAUUAAUAUGUUCUAUGUCUGUCUCCUGUGUUCCAGAAUGAGGAUGUGAGACCACACGUUCGAGAACGGUUUCGCCUGCACGAGCUUCUUCCCCCAGACUGAUCCCUGGAAUGGACGGACACAAUGGGACAGAAGAAAUAACCAAUUAUUGAAUAAACCAACAAACAGAUGUGUAUAAAGCCCUCUUUGGAUUACAACAUUGCCAUUACUGUUGAAGGUUACACUUUUUCUCUCUUUUUUUUUUUACCCCACAUUGUUUUUUGCAUCGAUAAUGACAAGUCUCAAUUUUUUUGAAGCAACAUCUGGUUAAAAAUAAUUUCUAAAGCCACGUGUAUAGAUCACAUUACUGUGGGCAAGACCAAGAAGGCUCCUCCUUUUUGACUGGCUUUUCUUUCUCCCUGCUUCUUAUCGGAGGGGCCAAGGUGCUGUCUGUCUGGUUGGACUAAAUGUGUUAGAUGACAGAGAAGAGGAUUAUACUUGCUCCCUUUGGUGCUUUCAUAGGACUGUUGACAGUGACACUCAUUGGCUACAGACCAAUUUUAACAGGAAUGGCCAGUAAUGUGUGUAUGUUUUGUGUGUGGGUACAUAGCUAUUGUUUUUCUUUCCAUCUUGGGGUUUUUACAAGUGUUUUACCUGUAGCCUAUAGGAAUCUCAUUAUGCAUUCCUCUAGCUGAAUUGCUUUUUUUUGUAGACACUCAUUGAAACUGCAAUUUCUUCUUUUACCCCAUUUCACAAUGUUUCAUUGUUUGCUUUUUUCUGCCUAUAAUGUUUUAUAAUGGGGAUAUGUAGGUGUUGUCCAAGCUUGUUGAUUGGAAAUUAAUAUUGAUGUUAUGUUAGGAUAUCCCCAUGCUAUGUCAAAUCAAAUUGAACGAAUCCAGAACUUCCUGUAUAAAAUUUGUUUGUGGUGGAAGUACUUCUGUUUAAACAAUAGUGUUGGCUUUGUGUUUGAAUGAAUAGGACACUUUGCCAAUCAAUCAAUUAGUAUAACUUUCAAAGAAAUUUGCAUCAAGGGGACAGUUCAUCAUUUGUGACUAAAUGUCCCCCACUUCACAAGUUAAGUGUUACAGACAUUUAUUUUAUUGUAAAAUGUAUUUGUCAUUCAUAUAUUUAAAUGUAUUAUUUUAACGCAACCAAGUUUUUAAAACUUUUUUUUUUUAAAUGGAUAUGUCUAGUAUUGAAUUAUAACUAAUGUAGAUUGUCUCUGUCAGCGUCUCACCCCUGUCUGUUACUGGAGGCAUAUGGAUGGAUGGCUGGGUCCUGAAACAGCCCAAUGUGUAGCACCACCAGCAUAUAAACUGCAAGCCUCAUCACUGUGGUUUAAACCCAACCUGCCUCUAGUAGUUUUUUGUUUUAGGAAUUGGUUUUAUUAUAUGGAUUUAAAGCCUUUCUUUUAAAUGCAGUUGAAAGAGGCAUCGUUAUUGGAGAACCUUCGUUAUGAAUGUCUGUCUCUGCCCAGACUUGGAAGAGUUGUAGAAAAUAUCCCAUGAUGCAUUGUCAGAUAUUGUACCUAAUACUUGUGUCAUUUCAUGUGGCCUAACCAGAUCCCAGCUCAUAGACACUUUAUUGAUGACAAAAACCAUAAAAGAAUUACACCCCAAAAAUGGUUACCCUUCCAUGUCCAGUCAGCCCUUUUGUUGAUAUUAUGGACUUGUACAUUUACAUGGUCAUGUAUAUGGUGCCAUACAAACCUCCUUCCUAACCUGAUCUAACAUCGCCACCCAUGUAAUCUCUUUUUCCUCGUUGGAAGUGUUUAUAAGUCUGAGACAAUCAAGCCUCUAAGCUCAAAACACUCAAAUCGGAAAGGAAAUUCUGGUCAGUUUGUUAGUUGCGCUGUGUUUUUUGUUCUAAGUUGAAUUGUGCCCUGCGAACAAAGUUGUUAGGUGAAUCCAACUGUUCCCUAUUCCAGCUAAUCGUGCAUGUCAUCUUGCCAAACAUCUGAGGGACUAAGGGUAAAACUCUGUAGAGUACCAGUCCUUUUAGCCUGCUCUCUCAUUGCCUUUCUGGAAAUCAUCGCCCUAUAAAACUGAACUGGCAUAGAUGAGUUACACUAUUACAGGGCACAGUUUUUUUUUUGUUGU